UCCCUCCGGGUACUCUGGCUUCCUCCCACCGUCCAAAGACAUGCAGCUUGUGGGGAUAGGUUAAUUGGAUAAUCUAUAUUGCCAAAAUUAUUUUAUUCAGCUACUCACAGAAUAGAAUACUGACAUAUCAAAAGAAAUAUAGCAAAAAAUAUCUUUCCUGAAAUUAUGAUCCCAAUAUGAUGGGUAAUCCCCGUACACUGAAUUUCUUUUGUACAAAAAAUAUUGUUGAUGAACUUCGGUAUCUUUGAAGCAGACGUCUGUAUAGAAAAUUCUAGAAGAAGAUGAGUUUGGGAGGAGCCCAAUCUUUUAACGAGUGCUCGCUUGCACUUGGAGACAGUUUACAGUAAACCAAAUCUUCACUGAUGUUGUUGAAGCAGUGGAGUGUAAAACAACAGAGCACAUUCAGUAUGUGGUUUGGCAAAGACGUGCAGCUGUAAAGGAGUUUGUGUUGCGGAGGAAAGAAGGCUUUAGGGGUGAGGGGGGUUCAUCCUGUGAGACCAGCACAGGUGGUUAGGAGGGGGGUUGGUGUAAUGGAGGGAGGGAAUGGGGCUGCUGUGGGCGUGGAAGUGCAGUAAUGUGCCCACUUCCUGCAUCAAACCCCUGCGCAGCACUGUAAAAACCAUGAGGUUACAACAAGAUCAGCACAAUUUGCUGCUCUUGGCCUUUUUUUUUCAGUUAAUAGCAGGCAGUCAUGGCUGACUUUUUUUCUAAUCAUAAAAGGGAGGCGAAAAAAGAGAAAGAUGAAAUUAUACAGCGAGAGAAACCUGAAAAUUGACAUGAUGAAACUGAAAACGUGAUGUUCACCCUAUGGACGCUGCUUCCACUAAUAAUAAAGUAAUUGAGUUCUUUUACUCCAGUUUAUUUAUUUAUAUUUAUAGCACCAGAGACGCACCAACAAUCAGAUGACCCCCUACGAGCAAGUGCUUGGCGAGAGUGAGAAGGAAGAAUUCCCAUUUAACAGGAAAUUCCCUCAGAACAGAACCAGGUUCAGGAAAGGGUAGCCAUCUGCCGCAGCCGUUUGGGGUCAAGGGAAGGAAGACAGGACAAAAGACACACCAUGGAAGAGAGCUAGAAAUUACAGUAAUAACAACAACAAGUAGAAGAUGUAGGUAGUUUUUCAUUUUUAUGUAUUAUGCACUUUUUUUUUACAAUAUAGUAUUUGUCUGACAGCUUUGAGUUACUCGUAGCUUUACAAGUCGAAAUGUGUUGAUUUUUACCUUUUUCCGAUAACCAGAAAGAUUAAAUGUUUUUGUUAUGGGUUCAUUUUAGAGAUGUGCUCAUUUCACAGGGCAGCCAAGCUACAACACAUACAAACUUAUGAUGUUAGUAAGGUUAGGUUUGAUUUAGGUUAAACUGGAUAGUUCUUCUUCUUGUUCCUUUCCUAGUGUAUUGUCAUAUACAUUCUGUUAUAAUACUGAUUGUUCAUCUUAAAAGGGUCAACAUUUAAAAAUAUGGUAUAUAAGUCAAAAACUCAGUUUUCAAUAUUCUUUACCAAGUUUUUAAACACGUGUGAUGUCAUAGAGCACCGACAUCCCAAAAAUGAAUCAUCUCAGGCACAGCAGCCCCACCCACCUGCUGUUCUGACUUUCUCUUUAUGAGUCUCUACAAGCUAGUCUGAAGAACGUUUCAACCCAAAUUUCUUUGGCUUGAAAGGUUAAUUACAUUAAUAUCAGAGGUGGUAAAAUAAUUUGUUUUAGACUGGGGAUGAAAUGCAGGGCUGCACCAAAGCCCAGUGUAAGAUAAAGGAUGAUUUACAACUAUGAAUCAUGCAAAGCAAACCUGGUGGAGUCUGAGAAAAUAAGAAAACAUGCUAAAAUUUCUUUUGUUUACUAACUGUUCUGAUUUUGUAAUAAAAAAAAAAAAACAAUGCAAAAAUCAUUAUCACUCCCUACUUGUGACACAAUAUAAUCCAGGGUAACUAGAGGAAAUGACCUCAACGUAAGCGGAUGUCGACAUCUGAUAGUCUGCCGUUCCUCGUUGUUGAAAAGUUAAAAAAAAAAAAAUAGUCUAAAAAAUAGUCUAUGCGACAUCCAGAAAAGUUAAAUAAUGGCAAAAAAAAAAAAUUUCCACACGAGUAUAAGCUCUGGUUAGUCUGUUCUCCAAGCCUCAGCAUCAAUGACCCAAAUUAAUUGUAAACCAGCAAGGGAAACCAGAAGUGGGUAUGAUUUGAGUUCACGGUCAGUUCAGUGGUUGUCCACUUGUGUCUCCCCAUGGUCUACAGUGAGUAAGCAGGCACCAGCUGUAUACCUGCAGCAGUCACAUGCUCCUACCUGCAGUCCACCAGCCAGACUCUGUCAUUAAGGACAGAUGGCAAAAGGUCAGCCAGGCAGAGCUGUUCCACGGUUGAGUCACAACACAACAUCAUCUUGUCAUCAUCAUCAUCAUCAUCAACACAGUUCAUCAGCAUGUCAACACAACACAACACACAUUAAAUGCUUCCCCACAGAUUAAAAAAAUGGAUGUUAUUCUUAAUAAGAAUAUGUUCCACUGUUACUGGAAAGAGUUCAUUUCGAUGGUCAGACGUCACAUAAAUUUGUCUUGACUGGUUUCUUGCAGUCAUGCAGUUUUGAAGCAACCAUACCAGCUUGAUUGUGUGCGACAUACGUGUGAGUGUCUAUGUGCCUAGGGCUUUUUGGUGUAAAAAAAAAUUCACUGUAAUUCCUUUUACAGGUAAUAUCGAUGUAUAUAGCAAUAUGAAUCAAAUGACUGUUUCUGCGCAGCGCAAAGGUUCCUUUUUACUCCUGACAGGUGAAAAUAUGAGUUCAGUAUGAGUUCGUUAAUAAGGAUUUUUAAAUUUUUUAGUUUUUAAUUUAUAUAUUUUUUUAGCAUUAAUUUGUUGAGCAUAUCAACAGUAUAUGCUGUUCUCUUUCUAUUUUUAUUAAAUUACUGUAAAUGAUGAUUUUUAAAAACUUUUUUAAUUGAGUUGGUCAACACUUUGUGCCAUCUUCUAGUUGCACACAUUUAUGUGAAAUGCUGCGUGUUCGUGUGUUACUUAAAUUUUUAGUCUAAUUUAAUAUUGACAUAUUUUCUUUGGUGCUCCUGUGUCUUCUCCUGACUAAUCCUGGUCAGAUGUUCAGUCCUUUUGUCUUUAUUGAAUAUCAUUAUUUUACGCAAUGACUAGAGAAUAAUAAUAUAAAUUAAAUGACAUUCUGGCGGCUUUUCAGUUCUGCAGAUGUUUCUUUCCAGAUUUUCAGAGGUUAAGUGAGAGGCAAAACUCAGGGGAGCCCUAAUGGAGACGGUGCUGCACGUUUUUAAAGUUACAUAGAUUUUCCCAUGAAAAGCAGAGAAGAUGUCUGAGAAACAAAAGUAGAGGACAGAGUAACUGUGGGAUAGUGAGAGCAGCUGAAUGAAAGGCUGUACAGCAGUUAGCAAUUUAGAUGGAUUAUAGUAACAAAUUGGCUAAUCUCUCGUUCUCUGCUCUGUGCACAAUCAUUAUCAUAUUUAUGUGACAAACACACUUGGCCAAGCUAAGAAAAAAAGUUUUCUCAAUUGAUGUGAACGUGAAAGUGAAAAAUUUCACAGGCACGGUGCCUUUAACUCUUACAGCCAGGACAUUACCAUUUAACACAGCCAGUGGGUUUUAGCAGCUGUGUGAUGGCAGCAAUGUGACUCUGGUUAGUUUGUAAUGUGACAUCAUCAAAGAGUCAGAAAUCCUCUUCUUCCCAUCAGUUGGCCAGGGUUUGCUCGAUUUGGCACGUUAUUCGAAGAUCUCAGAACUAUUAUAUGUGAUUGCAGCUAAUGAGUAGUUUUACUAUCAGUACAGUUGUAUUAUUUUAUUAAAAUUAAAAAGCAAUAGGAAUUAGUGUUUGUUAAAUGAAAUUAUAUAAUAUGAAAUGUUUAAUAGUAAAACCAGAUAAAAUAAUGAAAUAAUGAAGGAUGCAAUAUAAAAUUGCUGUGCUGGUGACAUAAAACCACUGCAGUAUAAAAACAAACGUACUGUUUUAAUGAUGUGAAGCAAAACAGAAAAUUCUGAAUCAAGAUUUUUUUUUAAUUUUAAACAUUGUAAAACAUGUAUUGUGGAAAUGGGGGUGAACCAAUUUUUGCAGUAUUUGUCAUGCAGAUUAUUAUCUACCUGUUGGCAAAAGGGGUGAAAUUUUGCAAUUUUACUGAAUUUGCGCAGCAUGAUGAAGAGCUGAAAGACUCUUCUUAAAGAUGUUUUUUUUCCUGGCACAAAUGAAAGCACGGCAAGAGCAGAACAAACAUAAAACCUGGAGUGAUUAUUAAAUAGCCAAACCAAAGGCUGAAAAUCCAUAUACUUUAAUUAAUUAUUAAAUAUUUGAGGAAACUGCUUACUUUAAAAAAAAAAAAAUCUGUGAGCUGCUAUUAUUUUCUCAGCAUUAGUAAAAUAGGGAUUUCAUGUAGUUUACAUAACCGAGGUUUUACAUCAGUCAGGCAAAAAAAAAAAGUAAUAUAUGAUUUGUUUGUGUACUUUGCCCUGUGAGACCCAACCCAUCAAAAAAUAGCCAGAAAAUUCAGAUUUUGGGGAACUUAGAUUUUGUUAACCCUUAUAACAAAAUCCACAAAAUUUUUGCUAUAUCAUGUUGUGUAUGAUAUAUUUUUGUUAUAUAUUUAUUUUAUAUUUUUUGUAUCGCUUUUGAUACAUUGGCUGUUUUAGCAACUUUUUGUUAACAACAAUGUUAAUUUUAGACAAAAAAAAAAAGUUUUGUCCAUAACAUUUUGGAAUUAUGGCAAGUAUUUAUCACGCUGAUGAGAUAGAGGUCUCAGAAAUUCAUGUAUCAAAUAUGAUACAAAGGGGAUUAUAGGGUUAAGCGCUUUGCCCAAAUAGUAAUGAAAGGAAAAAUCAAAAGUUCAUUUGUUCAUCAUCUAAAGGUUUUCCUGUUUGUGGUUUAAUUUGUAAGGGUACGCUUUCUUUUACUUUGAUUUUUGCAAUAAAUUUUGUUUAUUAUUAUAAAUCCUGAAAAACUAAACUUGUGCUUAAUUAACAGAUUUCUUGACUUCUCUUGAAUUUUUCUCUCGUAUUAAAACAGUUUUUUUUUUUUGCAACAUUCUAAAAAAGGCUUUCUUGUAAAUGUGCCAUUGUGUCCAACAUUUUGUGAAUAGUCUCUGUUUCUGUAAUCUUUGUAUCCGAAGUGUGUGUGACGUGACAAUGGUGCACAUGUUUGCGUAGAAAGAAAAAAUGAGUAAUUGUGGAUGAUAGGAGGGUCUGUCUUCAUGCUGCAGGGACGCCCUCCCCACGCUCCACCAACCUGCCAAUCAUCUCUCUGACCUCGCACCUUUCUAACUGAUAGUGAUGUAGAUGUGUCCGUCUGCUGCUCGUGGAUAAAUGAUCACUAAUCAGCCAAAGAAGAUGAAGGACAAUUUUGGCGUGAGCGGAAUGUCCGUGGAUGAGAAGUCUGAAGCCCCCAUGUAUGUGUAUGAGUCAACAGUUCAUUGUACCAAUAUCCUCCUCUGCCUCAACGACCAGCGGAAGCAGGAUAUCCUGUGUGAUGUGACUGUCCUGGUGGAAGGCAAGGAAUUCCGAGGACAUCGGGCUGUGCUGGCUGCGUGCAGCGAGUAUUUCCUCCAGGCGUUGGUGGGCCAGGCAGAGAAUGGCUUGGUUGUUAGCCUUCCUGAAGAGGUCACUGCCAGAGGAUUCGCCCCAUUGUUGCAGUUUGCCUACACUGCUAAGCUGUUACUCAGCAGAGAAAACAUUCAGGAGGUCAUCCGCUGUGCUGAAUUCCUGCGCAUGCACAACCUCGAGGACUCAUGCUUUCGCUUCCUGGAAGCUCAGCUGCGCAGUGAGGAGGACGGCUUGCUGCUUUGCCACAAGGUGGCAGGAGAAGCAAAUAACUUGGAGGAUGAGAACAUGCAAUCAGAAGCAGAAAGGCCCACCUCCCCCAUGGCCCGACAUUGUGCAGAUGCCCUUACUUCGUGUCGAGACCCCGACAACGAUCGGCUAACGAUGGCUAUGCCUGGUAACUUCACAGAUAGCCGGCCAGAUUUCGAUCGCCAUGGAGCAUCGGAUCUGCCGCGAUGCCCCAAGUACCGGAAAUACCAGUGGGCUUGCAACAAGCACAAUAAUGACUCCUCCUCACAUACCAGUACCUCAGGUUUUCCAAGCACAUUAAAGGAGACCACCAUUAGUGGGGCAGUGGCAAAUCAGGGCACACUGCCUUUGGCACAGAUCAAAGUGGAACCACAGGCAGAGGAAGAGGCCAUUCCUUUGUGCCUGUCAGGGGAUGAGCAGGACGCCAGGGAUACGGAUGUCAUAACAGCCAUGGAGAUGGAUAACCCUAUAUCUGUAGAAAGAACCAAGAGACCCAAGUCCCCUUCCUGCCUGCGAGCCUUCUUCAAGAAAGGAGUUGACAUCUCCAGUCUGCCCAACACGUCACAGCAGCUAUUCGCCAACAGACUUAUCUGCCCCCAGGACAAAGGAAACUCUCAGGGAGAUCAUAAAAAAGACUUAGGCCCUUUCACUGGGGAGGUGGCUCUAUCUGUUGCAUCCCCAAAAGAGGUGGAUGGUUUUCCUGCUAGUUUGUCCCACAAAUCAACUUCCUGCGAUGGGGUUUGCAAACAGGAAGUUGAAAUCGACCGCCGCAGUGUCAUAUUUUCCUCAGGGGCUUGCAAUCGCCUGGGAAACCCAGCGCAUUCCUACCCUGUUGGGAACUCUUUGGAGAUUGAGCUCUCUGAGCACAUGACAAAGGGGCUGUGGGCUGGAGCUAGCCAUUCCCUACCCACCUCCCAGUCCUAUUGUCCCAGCACCACUUCUUCUGAGCCCCAAGUCCUGUGCCGCCCUAGGCCCAACACCAGCUGCCCAGUGCCAAUCAAAGUAUGCCCGCGCUCACCACCUUGUGAGACUCGCACCAGAACUUCCAGCUCCUGCUCCUCAUACUCCUACGCAGAGGAUGGCAGCGGAGGGUCUCCCUGCAGCCUGCCCCAGUUUGAGUUUUCUUCUUCGCCAUGCUCUAAUGUGGCUCGCUGUCUCAAUGUGGACCAGCAGGAGCAAAGUGUAGGAGGGGAGGUUGUUUUUAACCAGGUGAGGCCCAAGAUCAAAUGUGAGCAGUCCUAUGGCACCAACUCUAGUGACGAGUCGGGCUCCUUUUCAGAGGGAGACAGCGAGUCCUGCCACGUGCAGGAGCAAGGAUCAGAGGUCAAGCUUCCUUUUCCUGUAGAUCAAAUCACAAAUCUUCCAAGGAAUGACUUCCAAAUGCUGGUGAAAAUGCACAAACUGACUUCAGAGCAACUUGAGUUUAUUCAUGACAUCAGGCGGCGGAGUAAGAACCGCAUCGCAGCACAGCGUUGUCGCAAGAGGAAGCUCGACUGCAUCCUCAACUUGGAGUGCGAGAUCAGAAAGCUGGUGUGUGAGAAGGAGAAGUUGCUGACUGAGAGGAACCAGCUAAAGGCAUGUAUGGGUGAGUUGUGGGAGAACUUCUCCUGCCUGUCACAGGAGGUGUGCAGGGAUGUUCAGCUCAGCCCCGAGCAGGUCCAGUCGUUACACCACUACUGUCCCAUGCUGCGCCCCGCCAUCUCCACUGCCAGCAACAACACUGCCCACGAGCCCAAGGCCUCCCUCAGCACCAACACCACCACCAGCAUUGACCUUACCACCCACUCGGGCUCAGCCACACCAGAACCAACCUUUCACGGUUCACCCGGGCCCUCGGAGAGCGACCCUGACGUGGCUGUCAGAAACAGGGCAGACAAAGAUACAAACGGCCAAGACGCCACCAGCUUGUAUACAAAGUCAGGGCCACCGGUGGAAAAAUCCAACCAGACGGUAACGGUGGAUUUUUGCCAGGAAAUGACUGACAAAUGUACAACUGACGAGCAGCCGAGGAAGGACUGUACUCAGUAGUGGUCGUUCUCUGUUUUGUUUUCUUUUUCAUUAUUUAAUUUUGCUCUUCUGACAAACCCUCUCUCAGGGUUGUUGAGACAGUCAGCAUCUGCCAGUGUUCAGUGAAAAACAAGCUUUGUUUGUAUUUAUAUCUUUUUUGACGGUCGACACUAAAGUUGUCUUAACAACAGCAAUACUGUUCUCCAGGAAUUCUCCUAUUACCGUGACAGAGUGGAACUUCUCACCAAACCCUUACGAUGGUGCUAUACUUGCCCCGGCAGCAACCUCUACAGUGGAGACUUUGUUCUUCAUGUGUCAGACAUCACAACUCAAAGUCAAACCUCAUUGGACCUAAACUGCAGCUCGCUUUGUCUCUCUGCAUACCAGCAGUAUGUCAGUUCCUGCCUUUGUCUUUUCCUCUUCUCUCCUUGCCACUCUGUCUCUCUCAAUCUCUUCUACCUCUUUCUGUCUCACUCUGCAUCUCUCUCUCUGUCUGUUUCUUCUUUCACUAUAUCUGAGUGACACUUUUGGUCACAGCAAUUCAAACUCAGGAAGAAAAAAAUCCUCUGAAUGUUCAACCUAAUUCAUGAAAAAUGAGAAAACGGCUUCUGUACACACGGAAGUUGCAAACUGUAAAAUGUUCAUAUGCAAAAAUGUCUUCAAACGUCUCUCAUUUGUAUUGCUGUACAGAAGAAAUUUGUACAGAUUGUAACCGAAAACAUUCCUCCUAUGCCUUCCACGUGGAAUUGAAAGGAGAAAAAAAAGGCUUUUGCAGGCAGUUAAAUGGCUAUUUUUAUUUCCCACUCAUCAGCAAUACCAUUGUAUUUGGAUGUUGUACUGGUGACUUUCAAGUGCUUGUUUGGCAGAAGUGUAUAUAGCAUGAUGACUGUAACAGUGAUUUUGUACAGCUAGACGCCUAGAUGUUUCUUUUUCACCGGGGUUAUAACAAGGGAAAAAUUGUUGCUUUGCUGUUUCCUGUCCUGCCUAACGAACGAGGGGAGCGUUCUUAUACUCAGGAGAUCAGCUCGAUACACAUUUAGACACAGUACACACAGGCACGCACACAUCGACACACACAUUUUGAGCCCCUUGCAUGUAUAAUUGAAGACGUGUUUUCGAGAGCGUGGCUCAGGCUGGCUCUUCUAAAUCUUCGACACCUCUUUAAAUGUGAAAAAAAAAUCCUUGUGUUUUCUUUUUGUUUUUUAAGGAAACGUAUUUGUUCCCAGAACUUUAAUAUAUCCUAUUUGUUUAUACACAAUGUUGUCAUUUGAUGAUAGGAGACAGCAAAAAGCCUCUCCGAUUUUUUUUUUCUUUUUCAAAUUUAUGUUGAUUACGAUAAAAUUGACUAAUGAAAAAAUGAAAAAGCAUACAAACAUAAAUCACGCACUUUUUUCCUGGCCCCCUUACGCCCCAAGUGAGGGUCUUUACUUCAGACUGCUUAAAAGUCAGAGACUGGAGCACUUAAAUUGGCAAAAAAUAUCUAUGAAGAAUAUGAAAAUAUGCCGAAGGAAGCUAAUAUUUCAUCUUACAUGUUUAUUUCUUUAGAAAUUGAAUAAGCUAAUUCAGUUCCUUUGACGUGAAAGCAGUGUGUGUGUUGUUCAGAUGAUUGAGUAGCAAUCAUAUAAGAUAGUAAAGUGUUUAACCUACUUGUGCAUUUGUUUUAAACACCCUACUUUGUAAUGUGCAUGCAUGCUACCUAAUAGCUAUAAACCUAGUUAGUUGGUUUAGCUUUUUUUUUUUUUUUGCUUUGUGCAUUCUCUCUGGAACAUUCUGCUAUAAAAAUGCAUUUUCACAUUUCUAUAUAUAAAGAAUCUGAAAUAUGUCAACCCUUGCUAGAGGCAGAAGUAGCAGAGCUCCACACUCCAGUGCAAAGGUUGAAUGAAAAUGUUCAUUGCACUUUAAAGCUCCAAUCCAAAUUGGCACUCCCUAUUAGCCUAACAGGGCUGACGUUCAUGUUUUCACUGUAGUUUCUUUCAAAUGUUUCCUAUAAAAAAGCUAUGCUUAUGUUAAAACAGAUGAGUAUCUAAUACAGUACUUUGAAAAUGAAAUCCCUUAAAAGCUAAACCUUAAUGUUAAACUCAUUUAUUAGCAUAGUUGAAAAGCUGCUCUGUUGUCACAAGGGGUCACCAUAGCAGGUAGCGCCGCACACAACCUCAAAGAGGAUCCGUGUCUCCGUCCAGCGACCUUUCACGCAAAUGUACAAUCAGUAACAUUAUGGAGACACACAAGCUUAUUUGCAUUUAAAAGCUUACUUGAACAAAAUAUACUCGUUUGAAAUUUUUAUGAGCCACUGAUGUUCUCACGUUUUCAAGUUUUCUCUGUUGUCUAAACAGUAUUGCCCUAUUUUACUGCUUCCAGGCUAGCUGAAAGCCACUCAGCUGGCUUUGUCAUACUAGAAACCUAAUUUCCUCCAUGCAUGUGUGAAAAUGCAAUAGUUAUGUAAGAAGUAAAUUAAGUCAUUUUAAAACUUUACUUUAAAGCUUUACAUUUUUAUUAAUAAAACGUGUUUCUGUUUUUUGGGGGUUUUUUUUUUUCAAAUAACAUGUAAUACAAGAUGCUAAAGAAAUAGAUUAUAAUUUUACUUAAUAAAAAUAUGUUCCAGGUUUUAAGAAUCUAUAGCUAAUUUGCCAUCCGUAAACAUUUCCUUAUUAGGUUAUCAAAACUUAAAUAAAUAUUAGUGUCCAUUUUAUAUGAUCAUUUGAACCUAUUUAAGUGGGCCAGUAGCUUUUGAUAGUGCUGUAAAAGGUAUAUGAAAUGUAUUUUAUCAGGUUAUACAGUGGUGCCCUCUUCCUGAUUUCCUUUUUAUAUAUGUUUGUCACAAUUACACGUUUCAGCUCAUCAAACAAAUUUAAAUAUUAGACAAAGAUAACACAAGAUGAGAUUUUUGUCCAGUCUCUUUCUUCUUAUUGAAUCAUGAACAUGUGAUGGACAUGUUUAAUGUUGUUCUGGGUUCUUCUGUUACCUCCUGGAUGAGUGCUGGGAGGUCACAGAUCUGCUCUUGGAGUCAUACUGGUAGGCCUGUCACUCCAGUUAAUUACUGUUCCAUGUUUUCUCUAUUUGUGUAUGAUGGCUUUCACCGUAGUUACAAAGGCUUCAAAAUAGCUUUGUAACCCUUAACAGACUGACAGACGUCAGUUACUUUGUUUUUCAGCAUUUUCUUUAGAUCUUGACAGUCUUUUAGCCAGCUUCACCUUGUCAGACAGGUCUGUCAGUAAUCAGGCUUGAGUGUGUUUAAUGAAACUGAAUUCAGCUUUUCAAAAAAUGUGGUAAAUCACUUUUAAUUCAUGAUUUAAAAAGAGGGGCAAUUAUUUUGGAUAACUUUUCUACCUCUAUCAAUGAAAUCAUCAUUCAGCUUACUCAGGUUAUCUUUAUCUAAUAUUAAAAUUUGUUUGAUGAUCUGAAACAAGUGUGACAAAUAUGUAAAACACUAGAAAAUCAGGAAGGCUUCGACAUGUUUCUAACGAUUUGUUUCAAUUGUUCUCCCCGUGGCUCCGUAUGUUUUCUUGAGGUAUUCUAGAUUCCUCCUCAGUUAAAAUGUGGGCAUGAACUGUGAAAGCCCAUAAAGACUGGUGACCUUUUCAGGGUGUACAUCACACUCACCCUCUGACAGCUAAGAUGGGCUCCAGCCCUGCUGCAACAAUGAAUGGGCUAACCAGUUGAGAGAAUGGAUAAAUAUUCCAGUUAUCAACAUAAAAUAAAAAUACAGAAAGGGGAAGAGUAAACUGUAAUAAUAUAUCAUUUGACAUCAAGAAAAGUAAAUAAUAUUAAUAAUUGAAUUGACUAAAACAUGUCAUUUAAAUUUGUACAACUAAAGUGAUUUAUUCAUUUUCUUAACCUUUUUUUUUUAAUUUUAGAGGUGACAGGAAAUUCAUUCAUUUAUUCAUUUAAUCGCAAAAGUCAUUUCUAAUGUCACUUUAAUUUACUUUAGUGAACAGAAUUUUAGCAUGACAUUUGGGGGAUGUUAAUAUACCAAGCAUAGCAAUUAGCCAUACUAGCCUUUUUGCUGAUUUUGAGGGUUGUUUUUUUUUAUUGUUUUCUAUCCAAAUGUUUCGAGGAUUGGGGCUUUAAAGUUUGCAUGACAUUUAUCGGAGUUCUCCCCAUGACCUUUACUGAUGUAAAUCCUAGAUGUAGUUUGAAUGAUGACCUUGUUUGUAAGAUAAUUUCUGUUUCACAGCCAGACAGAGAAAGUGUAACUGUAGUUUAAAAACCUGUUUUAAAAUUGUUCAAUCGUCCCUUUUUUGUACAAAGACCCACACAUGCACACAUAUGAUCACAUACACGUACACGUAUUGGCACAGAAUGAGUGUGGAGCAAUAGUGACUCCUCUACAACUGAGCUUGUUUCUUGUUUGUUGAACAGUUUAUUUCUAAUUUGUUCUUUUAUUUGCGUGCACAUAUUUACUAAAGCAGAGCAGUAUUUUCCCAUGUUAGCAUUCUGUCACAUUCAAACAAGAGAACUAAAGCGAAAUAAUCGACAUUUUGACAUUUUCUACAAACAUUAUGCAACUCUUUUUCUAAUUCUUUUGAUUUGUUUAGAAACUGAGGAAACCUCUUUAUAUUGCUGUUUGCACACAAUGAAUUCAAACAGCUGUCUCAUGGGAGACGAUUAAUUCCAAUAUUAUCACAGAAUUUCUCUGUGUUAUUAAUUUAACUUGACAUUCCCAUAGAGGGAAAAUGAACGAUGACACAACACUCCCUGUGCAUGGUCCAAAUUAUGGGCAUCCUCAGCAAAAAUGGUGAGAUAAUUUAAACAUCUUUAUUUAACAUCAACGCAGCACAGUUUGUACCAUUGCUAUCGCUAACACUGCUGUUUAAAAUGCCACAACAACAAAAAAAAUGCUGUCUUGCCUCUAGUGGUAUCAACCCACACAGAUGGUUUUGGUUUAAUUUUGUCCAGAUUUUAGUGCAUGUGCUUUUCCCUGCACUCAACUAUAAUGGAAACAAAAUUUCAGUCAUUCAUUGCAUGAUAAUAAUGCGAUGGUAAACUCUCAAACACUGACAUGUCAAACCAAAGCUAUCUGUAGAAUUGGGAAAUGUUUUAUUGUUAUUUGGGUGAACCAUCCCUUUAAUAUCUCAGGGUGCCAAGCAUUUACACCUGCUCUCUGCAUUGUCCUGAAGCAGACUAUUUUUUUUCUUUGUUUGUUUUUACCUGCUUUGUUUGUGCAUCAAACUAAAAUUUCCUUCAAGCGGUUUUGAUAUCAUUUAACCUUCAGUGCUAAUUGAAACCCACACCACUCUGCCCCGCCACCUCCACAAUUUAAAAACUCACACACACUUACACACACACAUAGCCACUCUCUUUGAUGCUCCAUUGUCCAGCUAGUGGCCAACGGUCUAUUUCAGCCCUCUGUGGCUAAUAGCACACAAUGAAUUAAACUAUGCA